UUGCUUUAAAAACUUUGGAUAAUUCUUCUAAAAUUACUCCAGAGUUUAUUAAUGAGAUAAAAGCAUGUUUAAAAUGUGGUGGUGUAUUAGAUGAUUGGUAUUGGAAUCUCUAUGACAAAGCAGAGACGCCUGAAAGUUUAGCAUUCAUAGCCUCCGAUAAUAACAUGUCGCCACCAGGUAGUCAGGUUUCUAGUAGAUCCGUAACGCAGACACAUCCACUUGCCUUUUACACGAGUGGUUCCUUUAGAUUUCAAAAUCUUCCUAUGCCAGUAAAUUCACUGUCAAUUAAUUAUCGAUCGAAUUUUGCUUCUUAUGAUGACACAACUCAUGAUAAAACCUACAGAACUG